AUGAAAACAGUUCAUCGUUCGAAACGUACUCGAUUAUCCUAUCGAAGGCAUCAUCGCCGCCACCAGCAGGAUCAACAAGUUCCCAAGUAUAUCACCAAUGAUGAUGAUGAUGAAUCUGAUGGUGAGCGUGAAAUACUCCAGCAAAAAGCGGUUGCACGAAGUAACAAAAAUGCCAAUCAAAUGCCUCUUGCAUUGUUCAACGCAAUUUCAAAUUUACCAGUUGAAAAUAAACCGCACGAAACUCAUCCAUCUUCGUCUGACCAAUCGUUUUUAUAUCUUUACUCUAUAAAUAGUCUACCAAAGCCAACUGCUGUCUCCGAUGAUUUGACUCCAUUGACACACACAGCAACAAAUACAACUGCUCUGACUGUUUUGACAUGUAGUAACAGUAAACUAACCGAAACAGUGAAAAUCGAUCUAACUGACUUAACAAGUACGGACACACUGGACAUUUCAGAUCGUGACCAUUCGUUAUCACUUAAUCGAAAACGAUCAGCAGUAGACAUAAAUAACAAAAUACCAAUAUGUGACACUGACACAAGUAUGAAAUCAGUGGUGUUUUCUAAGAUGAAUUCAUUAGACGAUCAAUUAUCCUACCAGAAGCACACAUCAUGUUUUGCUCUUCCCGGUAUUGAAAAUACAGACUCCAUGACAAUGGGUAUAUCAACAAUACAACAAAAUAUAUCAUUACCAACAACAAUUAAUACUAAUGUAAACACUUAUCAACGCCCACCAAUGAGAUGGAAUCCAUCUCGAUGGUCCUUGCAAAAUAUGACAAGCAACUUUAAACUACUCAUUGGUUGUUCGUCAUUAAGUUUAAUUGCUGGAAUCGCAAUUCUUAUUAUAAUAUUAUAA